ACGUCAAUGGAAGAGAAGGCACAGAACGAUUCAGGCAACCGGCGCACGGUCUUACUCAUAGGUAGGACGGGUAAUGGAAAGUCGACCUGUGCCAAUGUCGUUGCGGGUUGUUACAGUGACGAUCCCGAACAACAGCUCUUCAGAGAGAGCGAUACUGCCGUUAGUGAAACGAAGGACAUUCACAAGGAGACGACGAGCGUUACGUGGAAGGAUAAAACAUACGAUUUGAACAUAGUCGAUACAAUUGGGCUCGGAGAUACCUCGUUGUCUGAAGAGCUAGUGCUGAAACGUCUAGCGACCGUUUGUCAUACGUGCAAGGAAGGAUUGAACGCUGUCUUCUUUGUAGUCAAAGGCAGACUGACAAAGGAAGAAGCCGACACGUGGGAUAUUAUUUGGAAAGUUCUCUUUACUGCAGAAAUCUGCAAAUGGACGACACUGAUCAGAACCAAUUUUCCCGCAUUCAUGAUACCCGAGCGAGUUUCUGCUGAUGAAGCUGCUCUGAAACAAGACGAACCAGGCCGCAGAGUCAUGUCAAUGGUGAAGAGCGUCAUUCACAUCGACAACCCACCGUUAAUUUACCCACACGGACGAGAAGCACGCGCCAAGUCACGAGAGACGCUGAUAGCAAAAAUUGCUCUCUCUGACCAAGUAUACAAGCCGCCGGAGCUAGAUAAUGUGAAUAAGCAGAUCUCGGGUUACAUGGAAGAGCAGUCUGAUGCAGAAAAGAAAAUAGAAAAGCUGAUGGAGGAUUACGCAAAGGAACGAGACGAAUUAGAAAAAGCUCGAAUUCAAGCAGCGGUUAGCGAAGAAAAAGCAAGAUCAGCUAGAGCCGAAGCUGACAUGCUCCGUCAAAUGAAUGCUGUGUUCAAAGAACAACAAGCUGGUCAUACAUCUGGACCUUGCACAAUAUUGUAAGAGACAAUGCAUGCACUUGCAUGCGUUGUACAUGACAUUUUGUAUUUGAAAGAUUACUUGUUUUGUUUGUAUUAUAAGCGUUGCAACAGACUAUUGCAUGCUUGAUUUAU